AUGUCUACUCGAAGCGCAGCUCAAAGAUGUGUCUCCCUUACAUGUUAUGAGCUGAACGGGCUCCUGAAAGUCGCCAAGAGCAGUACGUGUGGGCGUCCUUCUCGGGUGUGGUGUGGUCCAAUUUCAAGCACGCAGCGUCGUCAACGUAGCGCUGCAGCACAAGAUGAAAGGAGUCCCACUGGGCCAUUGAAAGGCAUCAAGAUUCUUGACUUGACUAGAGUGCUUGCGGGCCCGUUCUGCACACAGAUUCUUGCGGACUAUGGCGCGGACGUUAUAAAAGUGGAACAUCCUGUUGGAGGGGACGACACUAGAUCAUGGCGCACGGAGGGCGAGGAUCAGUUCUGGAAUGGCAGGAAGGACUUGUCGGCCUACUUUUCAACAAUCAACCGAAACAAGAAGUCAAUCACGUUGAAUCUCAAGCAUGAGAAGGGGCGCCAGAUACUCUUUACUUUGGCCAGGAAUGCAGAUGUUGUUGUCGACAACUUCAUCCCGGGGAAGAUGGACGAGAUGGGCAUCGGGUAUGAGGAGCUGCGUCGGGAAAAUCCAAGCCUGAUACACGCAAGUAUCUCAGGAUAUGGUGCUGGCGGGCCCUACAAGAAGCGAGCCGGAUACGAUGUCAUCGCAGCAGCCGAGGGAGGACUCCUGCACAUCACCGGAGAUCGAGACGGCAAGCCGACAAAGCCAGGUGUCGGACUGACAGACAUGACCACCGGCCUCUAUCUGCACGGCGCCAUCCUGGCCGCUCUCGUGAACCGCCAAGCCACAGGACAGGGCCAGAAGAUUGAUGCCUCUCUCUUCGAAACGCAGGUCUCGCUGCUCGCUAACGUGGCCAUGUCGUGGCUCAACCUCGGCCUCGAAGCUCAGAGGUGGGGCACAGAGCAUCCGAGCAUCGUCCCCUACGAUGCCUUCGAGACGGCCGACUCUGAGCUCGUUGUGGGUGCCACCAACAACCGCCAGUUCGGAAUCCUGUGCGAGAGACUUGGGCAGAAGGAGCUAGCACGCGAUCCCCGGUUCGUGGACAACGACGCGCGCGUCAGAAACCGCAAGGAGCUCAAGCAGAUUCUGAACGGGCUGUUCGGUGCGAAGCGGACGGAUGAGUGGCUCGAAGUCUUUGAGGGCAGUGGCAUGCCGUACGGUCCGGUCAACAACAUGCAAAAGGUGUUUGAGCACCCUCAGACCAAGGCAAGGAACAUGAUCGAGACUCUUGCUCACGAUGCCACUGCUUCGGGGCAAAUCAGGAUGUUGGGGAUUCCAGUCAAGUUCAGUGAGACUCAGCCCUCGGUGCGCACGAGACCGCCCUCAUUAGGGGAACAUUCGGAUGAAGUUCUUGCAUCGCUUGGCAUGAGCAAAGAGGAUAUAAAGGAGUUGAGGAUUGAGAAGGUCAUAUAG